GCAAGAGCAGGCAAGCAAAACGAAUCAGUCAGCAUCACGCGCCCGAGCGAGGUGGUCGCGUCUACGCUGCCUUCGUUCGCAAUAAUCACGCGCUAUUUGACAGUCGUGUUGUUAAAUAUGACAUUAGUGUGUCAGGGUGUACACAUUUGAAGCUUAUUGCCCAGUAUGUGAUGUUAUUACUUUGAUUUGUUACGUUAAACGAAAUUUGAUAUACAGUGAAGCGGGAUAUGAGAGGUUAACGUUCGUCACAACAGCGCCGACUCUCACCGGCGACUAUUGUCUAAGCGCCACGGAAUCUUUGGUCCUUCCCAUCGGAUUUCAUCGAAGAAACGUCCGCCUUAGAAUAGGCCCCUACGCGAAAUUCUUGAGCAUGUAUCAACCCGCAACGUAAACUGUUUGCACAGCGAUUUGGUGCAGAUAAGAUAAAUAAGAACCACUUGUAGUGUGUAUACAUCAAGACACAAGUUAAUCAGUAGCUAAGGGCAUUAAACAUUUGUAUGUGUGUGUGCGAUGGUGAUAAGUACUAGCUGGUGAGUGAGCGUGCGAUGGCCAAGUGGUGGGUGCCGCUGGCGCUGCUGCUGCACGGCGUGGCAGCGCACUACACCCCCACGUGGGCGGUGUACGUGCCGGAGGGGAGGGAGGCGGCUGAUGCAGUCGCAGCGGAACACGGAUUCAUCAACCUUGGAGAGAUAUUCGACAAUCACUUCCACUUCCAUCAUAACUCGGUAUCGCGGCGGUCGCUGCGGCCGGCGGUGGAGCAUCACGGCAGGUUGGAGAAUGAUGUCAGAGUACACUGGGCGAAGCAGCAGCGCGCCCUCUCCAGGAAGAAGAGGGACUUCCAGAUAUUAUACAAUAACAAUACUACAGUUGAAACGGUAACAUCGGAUCCGUACCCGUCAGUGGGUACGAAACGUGAGGCGGGUCGGCGGGAGCUGCAGCGAGCGCGCGUCAAAGGUCGCCUGCGCUCCCUCGACCCCAGGUUCCUGCUCAAUGACCCCAAGUGGUUACAUAUGUGGUAUCUGAACCGAGGCGGUGGUUUGGAUAUGAACGUGAUCCCCGCGUGGCAGGAAGGCAUCACCGGCCGGGGCGUUGUGGUCACCAUACUCGAUGACGGCCUCGAAACUGACCAUCCUGAUCUCAUCGCUAAUUACGACCCCAUGGCAUCGUAUGACGUGAACUCCCACGACUCCGAUCCUCAGCCGAGGUACGACAUGAUAGACUCCAACAGGCACGGCACGCGAUGCGCCGGUGAGGUCGCAGCUACUGCGAACAACUCGCUCUGCGCUGUCGGAGUCGCGUUCGGAGCUAGUGUUGGAGGUGUACGUAUGUUGGACGGCGACGUGACUGAUGCGGUGGAAGCUAGAUCAUUGAGCCUCAACCCCCAGCACGUGGACAUCUACAGCGCCUCCUGGGGACCGGACGAUGACGGGAAGACUGUGGACGGUCCAGGCGAGCUCGCCACCAGAGCGUUUAUUGAAGGUGUUACUAAGGGCCGUAAUGGCAAAGGUUCAAUUUUCGUGUGGGCGUCCGGCAACGGCGGACGGGAGCAUGACAAUUGCAACUGCGAUGGCUACACCAACUCGAUCUGGACGCUAUCAAUAUCUUCGGCCACAGAACGAGGCGAGGUACCCUGGUACUCGGAGAUGUGCAGCUCCACGCUAGCCACUACCUAUAGCAGCGGAGCUAUUAACGAGAAACAGGUGGUAACAACGGACCUGCACCACUCGUGUACGGUGACGCACACGGGCACGUCCGCGUCCGCGCCGCUCGCCGCCGGCAUCUGCGCGCUCGCACUGCAGGCCAACCGCGACCUCACCUGGCGGGACAUGCAGCACAUUGUUGUUAGGACAGCUCGACCUGAACGUUUGAGUCUCGACGGCAACUGGCGUGUGAAUGGCGUGGGACGCAACGUGUCCCAUUCGUUUGGCUACGGGCUGCUGGACGCGGCGGGCAUGGUGCGACUGGCGCGCGCCUGGCGCACUGUACCGCCGCAGAGGCGCUGCGAGCUCGCGGCGCCGCGCCCUCAGCGACCUGUGCCGCCUAAGUCCUCUGUUGUACUGCAGCUGGAUGUAAGUGCAUGUCCCGGAGUGAACUACCUGGAACACGUGCAAGCCCGCGUGUCGCUGUCGGCCGCGCGCCGCGGAGACCUCAGGAUAGCGCUUACCUCGCCCGCCGGCACCAGGGUCACGCUACUUGCGCCCAGGGCGCAUGAUUCGUCUCGCGCGGGCUUCAACUCAUGGCCUUUUAUGUCGGUACACAUGUGGGGGGAAGCUCCUUUGGGCGUUUGGCAACUAGAGGUUUCUAAUGAAGGGCGCUAUAUGGGUCGUGCGACUUUACAAGAAUGGUCGCUCACGUUGUACGGAACAAGCUCGCCCGCCGCCAAAAACGACCCGAUACCGUUCCGACCGAUCAUAACUCGCAAUAAAAGCAAUGCCACACGCCCUGUGGUCGUGCAGCCGAGGAAAAACAAUAGAGGGAAGACAGUCAGUAGUGCACCCACAUACACGGUCGGCUUGGUCAAGAGGAAGAAAAAUAAGAAUUCAAAGAACACUAAAGGAUCUCAGAAGAUGAAACAGAGCCAUCCAGCGACGCGAUCCCCUAUCGAAAGUACUACGCCACGUGUGACGUCAACCCCUCCUAAUCUCAGUUUGAAUUUACAAGGGAAUCUCGCAGAUCCAUUGGCAGAUGCUAGAGGGAGAAAGAUGUCGAAUCUAUUCGAGCAGUAUCCAAAGAUCCAAAGGAUAUAUCCAGCGCCGCUCCAAGCCAACGCUGGACCAUUAACGCAGUGGGAACUGAUAUUCUACGGCACGGAGACACCGGCGCAGGAGUACGACGCGUCCCCCGAGACCAACUCCCUGGGCACUAAUGGGGGCGGAGGCGGGGGCGGAAGUGCCGGGGCAGACGGGCAGAGCGGGGCGGGGGCGGGGGCGGGCAAGAACCCGUGGGGCGGCGCCAGUCUGCCCGACUCCGAGGAGGUCAGACAGAACGGCAUCGACGACGAUCUCGCUCUAGUUUGGCACGACUCGCACGCGAUUCGGGAAGAAGGUCUAUUGGGUUCGUCGGGAUCUUCGGAGGCGUCAGGCGGUGGGAUAUCAGGCUGCGCGACUCGGGCUCCACAACUUCCUCACCGUUGUUUAGAAUGCGCGAAGGGUUUGCACUUGUACGACGGUCGAUGUCAUACGAGAUGUCCCGACGGCACGUACGCCAGCGAGAUUCUGAUGGAACGCAGCUCGAGGAGACGGAAUCUUACUUAUUUCUCUGAGCAAGCUGCUGCGAGCGUUAGUAAGUCUGGACCGACGACAGGAGAGGCCUUAGAUAUGGAGCCUCGAUCUGAAACAAAAGGGAAAGCUCCCCUAUUAUGUCUCCCCUGUCACUACACCUGCGCCACUUGCUCUGGCCCCCACAGCAGUCAAUGUACGUCUUGUUUAGACGACGCCCAGUUGUUCAAUUUAACCGACACGGAAUCAAAGUUUUAUUGCUAUCCUAAUACAGUUUUACCACAGAUUACAAAUGCCCACUGGUAUUACAAUCUGAACGUUAUCUUGGUUAUUGUAUUAGUAGCAUUUAUCAUCGUAGGAUUUUAUUUUUAUAUGAAAUAUUUAAAUGAUAAAUGCUGUUUUAAUCAAGCGCAUUAUAACUCGAACAUAAAAGUAGCUUACAACAAGCUGGCUGUUGAUGAAAAACAUCAGAACGCGAUAGACAUCGAGGAGGAGAUACACAAAGCGAUCAAGUACACGAGUGAUAGUGAAUCAGAGGAAGAGCUCCGCUUGUAGCGAGUACACAUGAAUUUACAAAUUGACACGUAGAAACAAAUGCAGGGUUGGAUUUGUGAUUUUAUGUAUCCGUCACAAACAUGGAUAACGCAGGAAUUGUUAAAUUAUAAUUAGAUCUAGCAUUUUGAACCGGAUUGUACUUUUAUAUGUACGAAAUAAAUGUAAUAUCAUUCCAAAAAAAUGUGAUAAAACAUUCCUUUAUUUUGAUUAUGAAAUUCGAGUUAUUUUUCUUUCAUUUAAAUUUGUUAAAGUUUGACUGAAGUUCGAAGUAAAUAGUGAAUAAAAAUGAAUGAAUCUAAGUAUUUUGCUUACAUUAAUUAUUCUAAAUGAAUGCAAACGAGUUCAAGUUUUAACAUUCAAGGGUCAUUGCGCAAAUACAUAUAAACCACAAGCUCUUGCAAUUUCAAACAUUUGGCGAAGUAAUGGCGUUAACCACACUCUCAUCCAGUUAUCGGCCCCUAUUUUAAAUGACUUUCAUGCAUAUUAGUAACUUAUGCUAGUUUCACACGAGGGAAGA